GCGGGUGCUGACUCACUCACGUCUCACCGCCCGUUCAGGGGAAAAAAGAAAAGAAAAGAAAAAUCACACGACAAUCGUGAGGGAAGGGGACAAUUUACGUCCAGGUUGCAGGUGAGACAUGCUUACGGCUGCGGAGUAUGGCAAGACUUCCUGGGAGCUCACCGUCCAGGUGGACCAGAGGAACGGGGAGGAGAACAUGAGGUUCAAACUCAGGGUGGAGGGGAAGCUCCACAUCGGCGGACUCAUGCUCAAACUGGUGGAGAAAAUAAAGGCCCCCCAGGACUGGUCAGAUUACGCCCUGUGGUGGGAACAGAAGAACUGCUGGCUGCUGAAGACCCACUGGACUCUGGACAAGUACGGCGUCCAGGCCGACGCAGACCUACACUACACUCCCCAGCACAAGGCUCUGUGCCUGCAGCUGCCCAACAUGAAGACCAUCAAACUGAACGUCAGCUACUCUGCCGUGGUCUUCAAGACCGUCAUCGACAUCUGCAAAGUUUUAAAUAUCCGGAGACCAGAGGAGCUCUCCCUGCUGAAGCCCCCUGACGAUCCCUCUAAGAAGAAGAAGAAGAAAGACAAGAACAAAGACUCUGCCACUGAAGAUGUCAUAGACAUGGACGCCCUUGGGGGAAUGACAGGCAGCCCUGGGCUAUACAGUAAAACUAUGACCCCUACAUACGACCCAGACAACGGAACACCCGCCUCUGCCACAAGCCUGUGGUUUGGAGAUAACCCUCUAACCCAGAGCCAGCCGAACCUGCCCCCUGCAGAGCUGGCCAAGAUGUACCAGCCCCUGACCCUGACCGACAAAGCGCUCAUCAACUCGGGGUGGCUUGAUUCGUCUCGAUCCUUAAUGGAGCAGGGCAUCCAGGAGGAAGACAAACUGCUGCUGCGUUUCAAGUACCACUGUUUCUUUGACCUCAACCCAAAAUAUGACGCAGUGAGAAUAAACCAGCUCUUCGAACAGGCGAGGUGGGCAAUCCUACUGGAGGAAGUGGACUGCACAGAGGAGGAGAUGCUGAUGUUCGCUGCCUUACAGUAUCACAUCUGCAAACUGACCAUGUCAUCUGAACCACUGGAUCAUUCCAACGAACCAGAAAUCGAUGAGGUUGAGGCUGCACUGUCUAACCUAGAAGUGACUCUCGAAGGAGGAAACACAGACAGAAUUCUGGAAGACAUCACAGACAUUCCAAAGCUGACCGACACCCUCAGGCUGUUCAGGCCCAAAAGACUGACACUUCGACCAUACAAGGAGUACUGGUUUGUUUUUAAAGACACUACAAUAUCAUACUACAAGAACAAGGAGGCAGCCAGUGGAGAACCCAUCGAGCAGUUUCAUUUAAGGGGGUGUGAGGUUGUCCCUGACGUCAACGUAACAGACAGGAAGUUUGGAAUCAAGCUGCUGCUCCCGGUUGCUGAUGGUAUGAAUGAGGUGUACAUCCGCUGUGACAAUGAAACCCAGUACGCCAAGUGGAAAGCAGCCUGUCUCCUGGCCUCUAAAGGGAAGACGAUGGCGUACAGCUCCUACCGCACAGAGGUGCGAAACAUCCAGUCCUUCCUGCAGAUGAAAAAUCUGGCGCCCCCGCCUGGCCAAGCUGUCCCAGACGUAGACGCCAUGGAAAUGAACGCUGACUGCUUUGUCUCCCCCAGAUACGCCAAGAAGUACAAGACCAAACAGCUGACAGCCCGGAUUCUGGAGGCCCAUCAGAACUUCACCCAGCUGUCCCUGAUGGAGGCAAAGAUGCGAUUUAUUCAAGCCUGGCAGUCUUUGCCAGAGUUCGGCAUAAAUUACUACAUCGUCAGAUUCAGAGGGAGCAAAAAGGAUGAGCUCCUGGGAAUUUCCUACAACCGGCUGAUCCGGAUCGACAUGUCGACAGGCCUCCCAGUGACCACCUGGAGGUUCUCCAACAUGAAACAGUGGAAUGUGAACUGGGAGAUCCGCCAGGUGGCCAUAGAGUUUGACCAGGGUAUUUCUGUGGCCUUCUCCUGCCAGAGCUGCGACUGCAAGGUAGUUCAUGAGUACAUCGGAGGGUACAUUUUCCUGUCGACCCGGUCCAAGGACCAGAAUGAGACUUUAGAUGAAGAGCUAUUCCACAAGCUUACGGGAGGGCAAGAAUGAUCAAGAAUGACCGUCUGUGGGCUACUUUGCUAAGACGAUGAAAGUUUUGCUUGUGUAGCAAAACCAGGAUAUGUUGUGACUCAGACACUCGCCCGGUAUUCCUAGACAUGCGCUCAUUGAGGUCCCGCGAAUCAACUCCACAGAGUAUGGAUUGAGUUUGAAUUUCCUGUUGUUGGAAGGAGGAUGUAGUUGAGCACUGUAAAUACAUUAAAACACAAACACAUUUAAUGUUACAGGCUAUGUCUCAGAGUAAUGAAUUGACAUAAAGGCCAGAAAACAUGCUUAUCUGGGUAAGGUAAGUGAAUAUUUUGUCACUGGUUUCAGUGGUAACCACUUUGUAGCUGCACUGUACCCUAAAUACAGAUAUGCUCUAUUGAUUUUUUUCAGAUGAAUUAUUUUACUUUUGCAAUAACGAAUGGGUCCCUAGAGAGAGUUCGUACUCUUUGCCUUAAUAACCAUGAAAAAACAUGGAAGUGGGGAAAAUGGGCGGUUUAAGUAAUGAGUUCAAGUUUUGUUUACAAAAAAACUGUAGUAUUUCUUUUAAAAAAUAAGAUUUGUAAUAAAAUACAGUGCUGGAAACCCUCUCAAGUGUAUGUGCUUCUCAUUGUUUAACAGUCUGUAUUCUGCUAUACUAUGCCAGUAUUUACAUCUUGAA